CGUUAAAAGGUAACUCGGACUCAGAGUAAAAACACCAAGCCAAUCACAUCCCAGAGUGUGAGAGGGAAGCCGCGCCUCCAGCACCUGAGGGCGCAGGUCAGACCUCUUCUCCUUCGUCUCCAUCACUUCAGCACCGACAGCAGGUGACCAUGCAGCCCGGCCUGACACACCUGAGCCACUGCCUGCUGUGGCUGCUUUUUCUGCAAACCUCCGCGGAUCUGCCCAUGUGCAAAGAGUCAGAUUAUCACUUUGAGUACACAGAGUGUGACGUCCUCGGGUCGAGAUGGAGAGUUGCAGUUCCCAACAAAGCCGACAUAUGCACGGGCCUCCCAGAUCCAGUCAAAGGGACUCAGUGCACGUUCUCUUGUAAUGAGGGGGAGUAUCUUGAUAUGCAGUCACAGCAGUGUCAGAAAUGUGCUGCGGGCACCUACUCUCUGGGCACCAGCGUGGCCUUUGACGAGUGGGACAGCCUGCCGACUGGUUUUGUCACUCACGGCGUGAUAACGAAUGAGGGGAAUGACCAAACGGAUUGCUCCAACUCAACCUGGACACCAAAGGGUGACUACAUAGCCUCAAACACAGAUGAAUGCACUGCGACGCUGUCCUACGCCGUGAACCUGAAACAGCCUGGAAGUCUGUCCUUUGAAUAUUUCUAUCCUGACACCAGCAUCUACUUUGAGUUCUUUGUUCAGAAUGACCAGUGUCAGUCGACAGACUCUAACAGUCGGUGGAUGCGGAUGUCAGAGAGCAGCUGGAGCAAAUACACGGUCGAACUAAAUAAGGGCAACAAUGUGUUGUACUGGCGAACUAUAGCAUACUCCCUGCAGGGCAGUGCUGUCAAACCUGUGCUGCUGAGAAACAUUCAGAUAUCAGGGGUGGCCUACACAUCAGAGUGUUUCCACUGUAAACCCGGCACCCACAGUGCAAACCCAGGGUCCGCACGUUGUACCCCCUGCCCCGCUGAUACCUACUCCAAUAAAGGUGCCACUACUUGCCAUGAAUGCGAGGAAGAUAAAUACGCAGUCGUCGGUUCAGCGAGCUGCAAACCGAGACCUGCAUGUACAAGCAGUGACUACUUCUACACCCACACCCCCUGUGACUCUGAGGGAAAGACUCAGCUCAUGUACAAAUGGAUCGAGCCUAAGAUCUGCAGUGAGACUGUCGAAGGAGCACUGAAGCUUCCCGCGUCAGGGGAGAAGCAAACCUGUCCGCCAUGCAACCCGGGUUUCUUUGUCUCCAACUCCUCCACCUGUGAGCCCUGUCCCAGCGGAUCCUUCUCUAAUGGCACAGUUUGCACCGAGUGCCCUGCUGGCACAGAACCGGUGGUGGGCUUUGAGUACAAAUGGUGGAACACGAUGCCAGCCAACAUGAAGAGCACCGUCUACAAUCAAGUGUUCAGCGACUCUAACCGGCGUACUGCGUGGGAGGUGGCUGGAGAGUAUAUCUACACCACCCCCGGGGAUCAGGACACAGACUAUUUAAUGCUCACGCUCAGUGUCCCUGGAUACAGGUUGCCUCAGUCCAUGGUCAAAGACGCUGAGAGGAGCGAGCUAUCUCGCAUCACCUUCGUCUUUGAGACCAUUUGUACAGCUGACUGUAAACUUUACUUCCUGGCGGGAUACAAUCAGUGGAACAACGAUGUGAUGGAGCAUUGGAAUGGCAGAAACCACAAGCAGUCAUACUCCUACUUGAUCCAGAGCAACAGCACCGUCAGCUUCACCUGGACGUUUAAGCGAACAGAUGGCACGGAGAGGAACUACAGCGCAGAUGUUGCAAAGAUCUACUCCAUCGUCAUCACCAACGCCAUCGGAGGCGUGGCCACGAAGUGUCGCCGCUGUGCUCUGACGUCUGUUAAGGCCGGCUCUGCCUGUGUUCUCUGCCCACCGGGACACUACAUGGUCAACGGGACAGGAGCGUGUCAGAAGUGCCCGCCAAACACCUUCAUUGGGACUGAUCAGCCAGUUGGGAAAGCUGCUUGUAUUCGGUGUGGGCCAAACACAACGACAAACAAGGCCUAUACAGCUUGUCUCAGUGACUGCAUACUGGAUUUGCGCACAAGCAAAGGAGCGCUGCUGCACUACGAUUUCUCUCCUUUGGCCAACGUCACCAGCGUCCAUAGCAGCCCCCGCUUCACCAGCAAAGGCCUGCGGUACUUCCAUCGCUUUAAUCUGGGCCUGUGUGGGACAGAGGGCCGAAUGCCAGCUUCCUGUGUGGAUAACGUAACAGAGAGUGGGAGAGAGGUCAAAGGUUAUGUCUGUCAGUCCACUGUGGUUCCCUCUGACAUCAGGAGUCAGAGCCUUGUGUCCUCACAGCCUUUCCUUAUUGGUGACUCACUCAUUGGUGUAACCACUGAGACGACACUUGGUAACAUCUCUUCUCCACAGUGGAUGUUCCCUGCAGCACUGGGCCUGCCUGAUGUUCUAUUCUAUUACAAGUCCAGUGACGCAACUCAGUCUUGUCAACAAGGCCGGUCAGCUACAGUCAGGAUGAGAUGCGAUCCCACAGUGACCGCUAAAAAUCGCAUCAUGCUGCCAAGUAACUGUUCAGAGGGGACAUGCGAUGGUUGCACUUUCCACUUUCUGUGGCAGAGCCAGCAUGCGUGUCCACUCUGCACUAAAAACCACUACAGAGAAAUCGUCAGUGCUUGCAUCCAGGGAAUACAGAGAACCACCUAUGUGUGGCAGCAGCCUGUGCAGUGUUACGGAGGACAGCCGCUGCCUGCACAAAAAGUCAGCGCUUGCGUGACUCUGGAUUUCUGGCUCAAGUUUGGUGUUUCCACUGGAGCCGUUGCUGCUGUGUUGCUCAUCAGUCUCAUCUGUUAUUUUUGGAAAAAGACACGCAAGCUGCAGUAUAAAUACUCCAGGCUGAUGAUGACCUCUGGGGGUAGGGAGUGCGAGCUGCCCACCGCAGACAGCUGUGCAAUAAUGGAGGGAGAGGAUGCAGAGGACGACCUCAUGGACCUCACCAAGAAAUCCUUUUUCACCAAAAUUAAGUCUUUCUCACGCGAGAGAACAUCCGACGGAUUUGACUCGGUUCCCCUUAAGUCAUCAUCUUCACGCCAGCGACUAGUAGAGGAAGACUCUGAUGAUGAAAUUGAGCAGAUCACUCUACCAAGGCACAGAGGAAGUGUUCAGAUGUAGACGGUUUAGCUUCAGAGCGGCUUUUUCUGUCAGAAAAAGUUAGACUGUUGAUGGAUGUUAGUUAAUAAGAUAUUUGCAUUACUGAAGAGAAUGUAGAGACAUACUUUUGAGGAUGUCUUGAAAGUUUUUAGAACUAAACAGAGACCGAAAUAUUUGUUAUUGGUCCAAAAAUGUAAAGACUGAGAAUUUGUUUGUAAUUAUCACCCCCCCCCCCCCCCAAUCUCACACAAAAAAUGUAUAUCUCAAUCUGACUGAGAAAUUGGUCCAUACUUUCAGUACAGCUAAUGUUAGUCUACUGUAAUGCUCUAUUUGUUGGAUUGUCCAAAUUAUCAGUAGAACAACUUCACCUUACACAUAGAUGGAAAUUUGAACAUAUUAAUCCAUUUCAAUGGCUCUCAGUUCAACACAGAGUCACCUUUAAAAUCCUUCUAUCAGUUUAUGAAGCACUUGCUCAAUGUCUACAACCCGAUUAGCUGUCUCAGACCAUCAGGGGGAGAUUUUUUCCCAGAAUUAGAUCCAAGCUUUCAUUUCUUGUGGUCCUAUUCUGUGGAACAAGCUGCCUACUGAUGCCUUUUACAAUUAUUUCAACAUUCACCAAGAGACUCAAUAUCUUUUUAUUUCUUCCAAGUUUACACCUGGUAACUGUGUGUGUGUUAUUUUAGUUCUUUGCAAAGUUGGUUUUGUUGUUUUUAAUACCUUAAGGCAUAGUAGACCUUUUAUGUUAAGUGUAUUGAGUUUACAUGUAAUGAAAUGUUCUACAUAAAUAAAAUGGUCAUUGCUAUAUUUUUAUGUAGUGUUGUUUCUCAGUUGAAAUACAAUAUUAGCAUCCGUUUGGGGGAUAUAGUGUAUUUUUAAAGCCCAGGGUGUUUUCAUGACGGUGUAGGAUCCAAAUUUAUUUAGAACCUGUGUACACGUGACCGUGUAUAUCUUUUCUCCUCUUUUAUACUUGGUUUUUUUUGACAUCUUGUUCAGUUGUAAAUUUAUAUCUGUUGAGUGAGUUAUAUUUGCCAAAGUUUAACAUUUUCUGCUGUUUAACAACAUAUGAUUAUGCUUUACUGUAAAGUAAAUGCAUUUUCUACAUUAAAAGUCUCUCACCAGGACGUGACCUCUGAUGCUGCCUUCAGGUACUUUUUU